AUGCUUCCUACAGUCUACCUAGAUCGUAUGGAUGUAUCACUCUACGAAGUUCAGCACGAGAAGGCCUCGGAAGGUCGUGUUCCUAUCCCUGAUGAGGUGAUAGGCAGAGUGGUGGCUGCUACUCAACGCUUCCAGACUACGUGCGAAGAGUUUGGGACGCCUCCUCAGAACAUCUAUAUCCUGGCCACUGAGGCAACCCGCGUAGCUGCCAAUUCGGAGACAUUUCUCCACCGCAUACAUGAUGCUACAGGUCUGCGCGUGGAUCUGCUGUCAAAAGAGGUCGAAGGCCGCUUUGGCGCAAUGGGCAUAGCCAGCAGUUUCUCCGAGCCUCGAGGACUGACUAUGGACCUCGGUGGCGGCAGUGUCCAGCUCGCCAGGCUUGCAGCUGACAAUACAGAUGUUGUGCUGCGAGAGCCAAGUCCCAUAAGCUUGCCUUACGGCGCUGCCGCGCUGACUCACCUCCUAAGCGGAGCAUCAACAGACCAAGCGCGGGACGAUCUUAGGCGACGCAUCUGCAAAGACCUGAAAGAUGCUCUAACCCGCCUGGAUGUGCCCAUUGCUGGCGAAAACGAAGCCGGACCCUCCCUCUACGUCUCGGGCGGCGGGUUCAGGGGCUGGGGCUUCCUACUCAUGGAGCAACACGCCAUCCAACCCUAUCCUAUACCGCUGAUCAACGGCUUCCAUGUAAACACUCAGACCUUUCAAUCCAGCGUCUCGAUCCAGAGUAACUUAGAGAAGGCCGCGUCAGAUGCCAAGGUCUUCCGCGUGUCUAAGCGGAGAGCCGCGCAGGUCCCCGCCGUGGCUUUCCUCAUAUCCUGCUUUGCCGAAGCCUUCCCGAGCAUCAGCAGCGUCUACUUCAGUCAAGGCGGCGUACGCGAAGGCUGGCUUUUCGACAAGCUAUCACCGGAGGCAAGAGGGCAGCAUCCGCUCGUUGCAGCCACGGCUGCAAACGCUCCGCAACAUUAUAACGAAUUACUCGACCUCUUGCUGAACUCUAUGCCCCUAGAGCCAUGGCGUUUCGACCCAGCUGUGCCUGCAAAACCCAUCCUGCAAGCUUUUGUCCAGAUGCUCAACGUCUACUCCGCCCUGCCGAAGGACCUUCGCGCCGCCAGCGCGCUGCACUCGACCAUCUCGGGCGUCCUCGCCGGCGCACACGGUGUUUCCCACGCUGAUCGAGCACUUCUCUCUUUAAUACUGUGCGAGCGCUUUGGCGGAACCAAGGCACUCAGCGCAACGGACCAGGACUUGUAUGAGCGUCUGGCUCAGCUGAUCACGCCGGCUAAUGGCUGGUGGUGCAAGUACCUUGGGCGUGUAGGCGCGGUUAUUGGGGCACUGUAUCCUGCCGGUACUUAUAAAGAACAGAGAUUGCUCACGAGAGCGGAUUGUCGCGGUGACAAGAUGGAGCUGAAGUUGUGGAUGUGUCAAAAUGCUUGGGAACGAUACUCAGAAGCUCUGCCUGCAUGGCUUGAGGUAGUUCAGGACGCUGCCGAGAGCAUAGAGAAGGUCGGAAAGAAGAAAGAGAGGGGUACGGCUGGGUAUCAGGUGGAAGUAGAGGUCAUCGCAGAGCGUAAGACUCGCUCCGAAGUAGGCGGGUAA